CCUUGUAUACAAGCGUGGCAUCCCAUCCAUAAAGUGGGGAAUCUACCUUUGGUUCUCAAGAUCCUAAGGUUGAGAUAAACACACCCAUUCCGAAUCUCGAGAGAUCUUUACCGUCCAUCUCAUAUACAUGCUAUAAUAUUUACCAUACACAUUACCCCAUCUCCCUCUGUAUCUGAUGCAACGAGCCCUUACCUGUAUCUGCUAGAGCGAACCCUUCACUCUCUGUCUCCAUGAUGCAUCAUGUAAAACCACUUGAAUUUCUCCUGAUUCACAACUGCAACAUUCUCAACCCUAGCAUGUCUAAAAGCUUCUUCAAUGUCUUCUCCUCAACCUUUUCAACUCAGUCUUAUCGCACCUCUCUUCCCUUAAAUCAUAGCCCUCUCCACAUUCCAAGCAGUUGCGAUGGUUCUUAUACAUUAUGUUCAGUAAGAGGGAGAAAGAGAUGGAAUCACCGUCCUUUUCCAUUGCCCCACCGCACCAUGCCCGAACCCAAAGGCCAAGACUUGGACUUCAUUAACUUUGUUCACAGUCAUCUCAUCCAUUUAGAAUGGCCGAAGCUCAAUUCUUUAGCUCAUGGAUUGACCCCCUUUAGGGUAAACCACAUACUGGUUAAAACCCAGAAAGAUCAUGUUCUCUCUCUGGAGUUCUUCACGUGGGCCCAGCAAACUAACCCAAAUUCCCAAACCUUAGAAACCCACUCCAUAAUUCUUCAUAUUCUCACCAAGUCAAGGAAAUUCAGAUCAGCAGAGGCCCUUUUGAAGAAGAGCAUCAUCCCCAAAUGUUUAGAUUCAUCUUCUGAUCUCUUCGAUUCAUUGGUAAGCACUUAUCGUCUCUGCAACUCUUCUCAUAGAGUAUUUGAUGCUCUCUUCAAGACUUAUGCUCAUAUGAGCAAGUUUAGGGACGCUACUGAUACGUUUUGUAGGAUGAGGGAUUAUGGGUUUCUUCCAAAGGUUGAGUCUUGUAACGCCUAUAUGAGCACUUUGCUUGGGUUAAACAGAUCAGAUAUUGUGUUGUCACUCUAUAGAGAGAUGCUGAAGUGUAGGAUUUCUCCUAAUAUUUAUACCCUCAAUAUGGUUAUUUGUGCUUAUUGUAAUUCUUCGAGAAUUGAGAAAGCUGUGGAAGUUUUCAGGGAGAUUGAGAAAGUGGGUUGCAGGCCAAAUGUGGUGUCCUUUAAUACUCUAAUUGAUGGCCACUGCAAAAUGGGGCUCUUGAAUGCUGCCAUGAAGCUCAAGAGCUCUAUGCCCAAUAAUGGUUUGUACCCCAAUGUUGUCACCUAUAACACUCUCAUUCAUGGGUUGUGCAAGAAAGGCAAGCUACAUGAAGCUAACAAACUCUUUUGCGAGAUGAAAGCGGCAAAUGUGGCUCCAAACACUGUUACAUACAAUAGUUUGAUAAAUGGGUGUAGUGAAUUUGGGGAUAGUGAGAUGGGUUGUCAGCUUCAUAUGGAAAUGGUCAAGAAUGGAGUUCCAGUCGAUAUAUUGACAUAUAAUUCAUUAAUUCUUGGGCUCUGCAAAGAUGGAAAGACGAGAAAGGCAUCUUAUAUUGUCAAGGAAAUUGGGGACAAGGAGGGACUGGUUCCUAAUGCAUCAACUUUUGCUGCUCUGAUAACUGGGCAGUGUAAGAGGCAGAACACAGAGCGUGCUUUUCAGCUGUAUAAGACCAUGAUAAGAAGAGGGUACCAUCCGAAUUCUGAUACUUUUAUUACUCUGAUAUCUUCCUUUUGCAAGAAUGAGGAUUUUGAGGGUGGUGCUCAGAUUUUGAGAGAAAUGUUGGAUAGAGGACAAGCUCCUGAUUCCACUUUGUUUGUUGAGCUUUUUGAGGGGCUUUGUAGGUGCGGUAACAGCAAAAUGGUUGAGAGGUUACUGAGGGAUAUGGAGGCAAGGCGCCUGAAUAGAGAGGGUUUUGAUGAGUCUAUGCUCAUGAAAAUGUCAUCUGGAAGUAAUAGAUGAAAUCAAACUGGAUACAUCUUGAAGAAGAGAUUCGAGUAUUGGAUGAAUUGUUCAUCAUGAAAAUUUAAGAGCGUGACUCUUUAUGGUUGUUCUACCCAAGUUGGCGUGGCCUUUGCAAUUGAAGUUUGGUGUGAGGAUGACUGUUUUAAUGAGUAUGAAGAAGAAAAAAGCAAUGCUGAUCUGGGCAGAUCUAGAAAACCAUUGAAAUUAGAUCACUCAUUCAAGAGCACACAUGGUUGAUCACAAGAAGAGAUGAAAGUGUUUCUUUGCACUGUUGUUAACAUUCAUUGGGUAAUGGCAGGGUAGCAAACUUAAUGGUUGCCCUGUGGUUCAAUUUGCUGCUACUCCAAAGGGUUGAUCGCUAUGGAAGAUGUGUUCCCAUCCCAUGUUAUGGAGCAUUUGGAGGCAACAGAAUGGUCAAAUGUUAAGAGAAGCUCAUACAUCUGAUCCAAGAGAAAGAUAUAAUAGGAGAAAGAUGCUUACACUGGAUUGCAAUGUGUGUCCAAGGCAUGAUCAUCUCACCAGACAUUACUUGGCUUCUUUUUUGACAAGGUUUUUUGGGAUAUUAAUAUCUUACUUGUUAAGAGAUUAGCGCGUGAGAAGUAGUGAAGGCCACCACACAAAUAGCUGCUUGAAGGUUAUUAUGACAGAUGUUCUUGAGGCAACCUGUGGCACCAGCCGGUAUCUAUGGGAUUCUUUGGAAUGCAAGGUGUAUGUGCUCAAAUUUUCCUGUGGCCUUUGGGUUGUUUUGGCUCAACUCUGGUAAGAUCAAAUCGCUUAUGUUCGAUUUGAAGAUUAGUUGUAUCUCUAAAUUUUCCAUAUUAUUGUGGAUAGAAGUUUAUCGAAUGUGAUAUAAUAUUUGAGGUGCAUUCUCUAUGGUAAAUGGCUAUGGUGUUUGAGGAAGUGAGGAAGUGCGACUCCUGUCUGAGCGAAUUUUCAUUUCGUUUGUCCAUACCAUCUGAGUAGUGAAUGGCAAAAAGAGGUUAUUGUAGCAACAAGGAAUGUACAUUUAAUCAGAUGAUUGUUGACAAGAGGAUGGUGUCUUGGCUGUGAGAUGGCAUGUUGACAUCUCCAUAUGUUUUGUUAUUAUUGGUAAUAUUUCUCUUGUAGAUUAUAUGUUCAAGCUUACCUUAUGAGAUUUAUGAAGACAUUAUGCACAAGGGAUAGAGAUGUCAAAGAAAGAUAUUGAUUUUGCAAUCAGUCUACUUCAAAAAAAAAAGGUGUUGAUUUCGGAAGACACCUAUGUCAAGUGUUUUAAUGUUCCCCCAAAAGGGAAUGGGGAUGAUUGACAAAGUUGUACUAAUAGAGAGUUUAAUUGCAUGGGAACAGGUUUACCUUGAUGUAUCGUUCGACAUCCUUGCCGAUUCUAAGGAGAAGUGUGUUCUUCAUAUAGUGUUAAGAUGGCUGAACCCUGACUCAUUGUUUCUGUGAAGAAGAACUUACCUGCAACUCUUGAGUUGAAUAUUUGCUAUAAAUUGUGAAUUAUCAAUAAAAUAUGAUUAUUUGAUUA